AUAAUCACUUUCUCUUUUUAACAACUCAUCAACAAAACCAUGAAGAUAUUACCUUUGAUCGUGUUAUUGCAAUUGUUAGUGGCGAUAAGAGCUAGUUCAGAUGUGACAUUGGAGAAAAUCCAGGAAGUUGACCGGUUGUUCUCCACCAACGGACCAAGCUCAGAGGUGUUGCACCAAUUUGAACGUGUUUUGAAAGAGGUAUCAGACGUUCCUGAAGCUAAGCCUUACUUGACACAAUUAUAUUUUAAGAAAGCCUUGAUCGAACUCAACUUGGGCAAGGAGAACAGCGCUGUCGACGAUUUGAAAAUGGUGGUGACGUUAGACCCAUUACAGCGUACUGCCAAGGAUAAACUUGUCGAUAUUUUAGUAUCACGAGGUGAUUUCAACGGGUUGCAACCAUACUUGGAUGCUCGCGAGGAUCAAGACAUUUACGUUACUAUGAACGAGUGGAAUCAAAGCAUGACUCUUGCCCGGGCCCAUUACUCCAACAAUGACUACCAAUCAUGCAUUGACGAACUAAACAGGGAAGUGUUGGGUGUCACCCCCAACAACUACGAGAGCGGAGAACUACAUUACUUGUCAGCCUUGGAAUUGUUCAAGUUGGACCCGCUUAAGGAGUUUUACUAUAUGGAAGACGCGUUGCCCUUGCACAAGAUUAUUAUUUUGGAUCUACAAAAAUUGCUUAAUAUUCGACCUUGGAGCAAUUUGAACCUUUAUGCUCGGAUCUCUCAGUUCAUCUUGUUCACCGAGAAUCGAUUUGAAAAUGCCAGAAAUGUAAUCACAAACUGUGUCAGAUUUGAUAAUGAAUUCAAACCAUGUACGGAAUUGUCAAAGUUCUACACCAAGUAUAAAGAUUUCCUCAAGUUAUUGGAACAGUAUUCCAUCAUAACUGGCCAUUACUAUGCCAAUGAACAAACGAGCAUGGAUGAAGAAAUAACCAACCCCAACAUUGACUAUAGGUUCAUUUAUGAUUUCUUGUUUGUCCAGGAUUUGAAAGUUACCCGUAUGGAAAAAAACAAGUUGAACUCCCUGAUUAAAACAAACUAUGAUUAUUUGGUUUAUCGUGCAUCGCAGUUCUUGCAAGAUUUAGUUGGCGAUGAUAAUUACUUGCAACAGUUAAUUUUUGUUCAAGAUUUACAAAAAUUGGCAUGUGAAUCGUAUGUUCAAAUCGAAGGUAAAUCAGGAAACUACUGUAAGCAAUUGGACGAUUCAUUCUUUCCUAAGUCACUCCCUGAAAUUGACAAAUUAUUGAAGCAAAAGAAGUUCAACCAAGCACAAAGGAUCUUGAAUAAGUUUAAUUCUAAUGUCAAGAAAACCAAGAUGUUCACGGACAGAAUGCAGCCGAUCGAACAGUACCACCAACAACAGCGUCAACAACAAAGGCAACAGCAACAGCGUCAAUACCAACAACAUUUUAACAACCAAAGACAACGUCAAUUCAGACAGCCACAAUCAAAACCCUUGAACGACUAUUACAAGGUCUUGGGUGUUUCUCGCGAUGCUGAUGACCGAGAAAUCAAGAAGGCUUAUAGGCAAUUGACCUUGAAAUACCAUCCUGACAAAUAUAAAGGAGAUGACUUGACUCCUGAGGAGAUUGAAAACAAGAUGCAAGAUAUCAACCAAGCAUACGAAGUGUUGUCGACCAAGGAGUUAAGGGAAAGAUAUGAUCGCGGUGACGAUCCAAACGAUUCUAGCCCAGGAGGUGGUGGUGGCGGUGGAUCUCCAUUUGGUGGUUUCAACUUUAAUGGAGGUGGUGCUGGUGGUGCUGAGCAAUUCUUUCAAUUCUUUGGUGGCCAAGGUGGUGGAAGCCGAGGAUUCAAGUUUGGAAAUGGUGGUGGUUUUAAGUUCCAUGCUGGUUAAACAACUUGUAUUUAAAUCAAUAGAUGUUUGUAUUUUGAAUGAAAGUUAUUAUUUAUUGGUGU